ACCAAUGAAAAUUCGACAGAUAAUUUUAUGUUAGAUUGUCAAGUGCGGGGCCGUGAUAACUCACGUAACAAGUAUUUAUUUACGCAGAAUCCAUUAUCAAUCAGCCACAAAACAUAAAAAUCGGGAACGGUGCAAUAUUUGAGGUGUAUUGUGUUGGACAAUUGUAGUGAAAAAGUGCGACCAGUGUGGUCUAGAAUCUAGAUCAAGUUUAAAUAUUGACGACAAACCUAUUCUUUUAUAUUUAUUUGUUAGGUUUUAUCGAAUGAAUAAAAAUGAUGACAGAUAACGUUACAUUGAUCGUUAAAGCUCCCAAUCAACAAAUUGAGGAUCAGAAUAUCCAGUGCCGUAUGUCCUGGACGGUUGGAGAACUGAAGGGGCAUCUUUCCGAAGUGUAUCCCAGCAAACCGACUAAAGAGGAACAGAAAAUAAUUUACUCUGGCCGACUGUUAGACGACAAUGCUGUCAUCAAAGACAUCCUUCGAAAUUAUGAAGACCAGUUCACACAUACUAUGCACUUAGUUUGUGCACCAAAGAGAAAUAUUAUGACUGAGAAAAGGAAUGAGGCUGAGAAAACCGAACCCAACACAGACGGGAUAAGGCACAGGAAUGUGGGAGAAAACCCAAACCCGCCAGAACCCGCUCGUCCUGAAGUGCGACAGAAUGAUCAAAAUCAUACAGUUGAAAUGCAGAACUAUCUCAGUUCGUUCGUGAACAACUAUGGGAGAGUUCCUCCCUACCCUAAUUAUAACCUGGGCCAGGGUUAUCUGCCGGUGCCUAGUGAUCCUGCUUCGAUGGCAAACCACAUGAUGAUGAUGCAGCAGGCCUACAUGCAGUACAUGCAGCAGUAUGCUAACAUGUGGCAAGCAACAGCUGAAGCAGCGGCCACUCCACCACCGGUAGAGACACCACCACAACCAGCCCCGGUUCGAGAACCCGAGGCAGAUGAAGGACGACAGGCCAGGGAUUGGCUGGACCACAUAUACUCCGCCUCACGAUUCGCAAUAUUGAUCUCACUGCUGUACGUGUACGGCAGCCCGGCUAGACUGCUCCUGGUUAUCAUUCUAGCUGCAAUGGCCUACUUACAUCAAGUUGGAUUCUUCCGCGAUCUACGCAACCUCGCUAACAAUGACGCUCGCAAUGAGGCGCAGAACGCAGGCGAACGUAAUGACCAGCCCGACAAUGACGGUAAUGAGGAGCCCCGCGCCGAACAAAAUGGCAACAGACAGGAGCAACAAACAAAUGAACCUGCCAACGAAAACGACCAGCCCUCUCUACUCGCUGUCACAUGGAUGAUAUUUACGACAUUUUUUACCUCGUUAAUACCAGAUACAAACUAAAUGUAAAAGCCAUAAAUAUGCUGCUGUUACAACAUGUCCAAAUGCAAAUUUGUGGGUCAUCAUUUUGUAAAUAAAAUGCUUCUAUAAGUUCCU